UUCAAUUCUAACAAGUAGUAUAAAUAAAGGGUAGGGUUUAAUACAAAGUAUCAUGUUCACAAUUUUCUCCAUCAUUUCCAUUACUCUGCCCUUCUCUCUCUCUCUCUCUCUGCCUCUGCAAAACACAAAAAUGUCUUCUUUCUUCUUUAUGGUGUUUCUCUUGUCCAUAACCAUGGCGUUUGGGGCUGACCUCCGAACCGGUUACUACUCUGAAUCGUGCCCCGAUGCCGAAUACAUAGUCCGAUUAGGCAUGCAGAAAGCUAUGUUCAGAGAACCCCGGAGUCUUGCCUCUGUUAUGCGCUUUCAAUUUCAUGAUUGUUUUGUUACUGGUUGUGAUGCUUCGAUGUUACUGGAUGAUACACCAGCCAUGCUUGGAGAAAAGCUUUCUCUAGCAAAUAUUAACUCCUUGAGGUCUUAUGAAGUCAUCGAUGAAAUCAAAGAGGAACUUGAAAAGGCCUGCCCUGGUGUUGUUUCUUGUGCUGAUAUCAUAAUCAUCGCAUCAAGAGAUGCCGUUGCUUUGUCCGGAGGACCAGACUGGGAAGUGAAGCUAGGAAGACUAGACAGCUUAUCAGCAAGCCAAGAGGCCUCAGACGACGUCAUGCCGAGUCCAAGGUCCAAUGCCACCUACCUCAUAGGUCUCUUCCAAAAAUACAACCUUUCGGUAAAAAACCUCGUUGCCCUUUCUGGGUCUCACUCGAUUGGCCAAGGUCGAUGCUUUUCGAUCAUGUUUAGGCUCUACAACCAAUCGGGUAGUGGCAGACCCGACCCGGCCAUUGAGCCAAGUUACAGAGAAGAGCUUUACAAGCUUUGUCCAGAAAAUGUUGACCAAAACAUUACUGGAAAUUUGGAUGCCACUCCUGAGUAUUUUGAUAACCAGUAUUUUAAGGACUUGGUUUCUGGAAGAGGGUUUUUGAAUUCUGAUCAAACUCUGUUCACUUCUGCUGAAACAAGGCCAUUUGUGAUAGAGUUCAGUGUUGACCAACAGGGCUUCUUUGAUGCCUUCAUUGAAGGGAUGAUAAAGAUGGGAGACCUGCAAUCGGGCAAGCCAGGGGAGAUUAGGAGGAACUGUAGGGUAGCUAAUCCUAGUUCGAUGAACAAAUUAAUGGAGUAUUAGAGAGAAAAAAUAUAUAUAUGAUACAGUGCGAUGAUAGUGUUGGUACAAGUGUUGGUGAUAUAUGGUAUUGUAGAAGUUUUGUGAGAAUUUUUUGUACUUUGAAACUUCUCUUUAUCAUUUCUAGUGUCAAUGAAUGGACUAUGUUUGGAAUCUAGACAAUAAUUUAAAAAAAAUCUUAUUUUCAGAAAA